AUGAGAAAAUGUGACACACUAGCAUAUUUUUUUCUUUUUUUACUUAUUAUUUCAAUAAAAUGUUGCCAGCAAUUUAUCACGCCAAAUAAUAUAAAUAGCAUAAAAAUACCCUAUCCAAAAAUCAGUUCAGAAAAUAGAAGAAAUGUAAGCUUAUAUGCAAGAAAAAAAAAAAAUCGAAAAGUUAUAGUCCUUGAAUGUACUGAAGCAAGGAAAUUAGGGAAACGACCCUCAAGAUAUGUGACAGAAAAAAAUAAAGUUAACACACCAAAGAAAUUACAAUUAUAUAAAUAUAACAAGUACCUUAAAAGAAGAACAUUACAUGUAGAAAUUAAAUAA